GGUCGUGUUUGGUUGAGUAAGAAAUUCAUUCAUCCGUGGGCUACUGGGAUGGGAGACAACAGCGCCAAUAACCUCGACGAUUUGCUGCUGAAGCAAUUCUUCGCAGAGGUUAGCGAGGUUGAGCGUGAUAACGAAGUCAAUAGGAUUCUUUCGUGCUUCAAGUUAAAUCCAUUUGAUUAUCUUAACCUGUCAUUUGAUUCAUCUGUGGAUGACGUGAAAAAGCAAUAUCGCAAGUUGUCUUUACUUGUUCACCCGGACAAGUGCAAACAUCCACAAGCAAAGGAGGCAUUCGCUGCAUUAGCAAAAGCCCAGCAGCUGCUGCUUGAGCCACAAGAAAGGGAAUAUAUUCUGAACCAAGUGAAUGCAGCAAAAGAGGAACUUAGAGCAAAGAGGAAGAAGCAACUCAAAAAAGAUACUGCUUCUAAGUUGAAGUCAAUAGUUGAUGAGGGAAAAUAUGAACAAGAAUUUGAACAAUCACCAGAAUUCCAGCAAGAGCUGAAACUGAAGGUUAAAGAGAUAUUAACGGAGCAAGAAUGGCGGAGGAGAAAAAUGCAGAUGCGCAUAUCAGAAGAGGAAGGAAGGUUGAAGAAGGAUGAGGAGGAAUCAAAAGAGAUGUGGAAAAGGAAGCGUGAGCAUGAGGAGCAGUGGGAAGGGACAAGGGAACAGAGGGUUUCCAGUUGGAGAGACUUUAUGAAAGGUGGAAAGAAGGUUAAGAAAGGAGAAAUUCGGCCGCCAAAGCUCAAGACAGAAGACCCCAACAAAUCUUAUGUUCAAAGACCAGUUAAACGUGGUUAGGCGCCAUGUGCUUGGUCACAUUAAUGAUUGUUCCCAGGUGUUGAGAAGCCUUUUGAUGAUUAGGGAGAGAGUUGUAUCAGCUCACAUCUGUAGAAAGCAGUACUCUGCUGCAACUAAUUCCUGCAUGUUGGAUGAAACUAGAAUCUGUUGUAGCAUAUGGAGAAUCCAUCUGUUAUAUUACUGUGGAUGAAUUAAGCCAUCUAGUUUAACUGAAAAAAAGUUACUCUUGAGAAAGCCGCAGAUUUAUUUACAUUUUCUGUAUAAAAAAAAAAUGGUUUUUUGGGCUUC